CUUGCCUCGGCGUUUUGCCACUGGAAUUGCUUUCAAUAUUGCUGUCGCAAGCCUGCUCCCAACGACAAGAAACUGAGGAGCAGGGGUUCCAAGUUCCAUUUGCCUUGCUGUGUCCAAAUCAGACAGCAGGGACGUCUUUCUUCCAACGCGCCGUGCAUUGGGGGCUUGCGAAGGUUGACCAACGACAACUUUGAACAGUGACCGAGCAUUUUGCGCCAUGGCGCAAGUGCUCAGAACGGUUGAUGCAGCAGAGGUUUCUCAAACAAUGCACAGCCACAAGGUGGGCGUUGAACACCGGGCAGAUGUAGAGCAGCCUGCGACAGAGAUGCAGCUUGGUUUUGUGGAGAGCCUGGGCUCGGAGCUACAGCACUUUGAGGAAGCAGAGCUUGAAAGUAUGAAAGCAGGCCUCGCUUGGUUGUCGGACCAGAUUAACCUUUCCUUGAGGCUCAAAGCAAAGGUCCGAGCACUGCCUACCUUCCCGCCCAUAUCUGGUCAAGAGAAGAAGGAUGAGACACACGACACUUCACCCGAUGGCAAGCAAGCUUCUGAUGGCCCUCUCACGGAGAAUGAGAAGGCAGCGGUCGAAACCAUGUUCCGUGUGGAGGGUUUGGUUAACCUGCUCAGAAAACAGCUGCCAAAAGAGGAGCUUCUGAGUAUCUCAAACGUUGCCCAAGCGGGAGUUCUGAACGGAAAGAAAGGGGUCGAGAAUCAGGGCAAGGCAGACGGCGUAGUCCCUCAGACGGGGCCUGGCAGAGCGGCACCCCCGGCGAAGAGGAAAGGCAACAAGAUUGCUGAGAGAAGCAACUCGGUCGGCAAUGAAGAAGUCCAGCUGGCAAGGGCAACAGAGGUUGGGAGUGCGUGCAAGAGCGAGGCCCCGCCGAGAGUUGAACUGAACAAUGCGGGGGCACUCGAUCUGAAUGAAACUGGAGACCCAGCGCAGCAGAACGGGGCAGAGGGGAGCCAUCUGCCAUUGAACGGAGGAGUUGGAUCAGGGGACGCAAAUGGGGAGGGGAGUGGAAACGGAGACUCGGGCCAGGAUGGGCAAGAUGCGGCAGACGGUGACGUCAGCAAGGGUGCCGGUCAGCCUGCCGAUGAUGGCGGCGAUAACAACAGCAAAGGCGGGGACGAGGACGGGGGCGGUGACGACAGCCAGCCGUCAGCGGAAGACGACCCGUCAAUUGCGGAGCAGCUCGCGGACAUACGGUCGUCGCUCGCAGUCAUCGGGCGCCAGCACAAGAUCGCGCAGGGGAUCCUGGUGUACCUGAUUGUCAGCACCACGAUUCCGGCCUUCACGCUGAUCCGGUGGAAGAUCCAGUCGCUGCGCAUCCUGAACCCGCUCAAGCGCUUCCAGAAAGACAUGGAGAAGGCCGUCUUGGGCAAGACGGACGAUUCCGUGAUCGACGAUUUGCUGCCCUGGAAGUCCAGCGAGACGCAAGAGGUCGACCCCAUCGUGCAACAGUUCCACGUGGUCCAGGAGGCGCUCGGUGGGCCGUCCGAGGAGGACGCCCAAUUGACCGUAGAGGCCGACAUGCGCGCCGCGCGCUCGCACGCCAAGAAGCACUGGUGGCAGAUCGGCCCCUUGCGGCCCCAGGAAGACCCGGAGCUCCUGCGCACGCGCACAGAGCGCGCGCACCUUAAGCGGCUCGCGCCCAUCCGCUUCUUGCUGCAACUUAUCGGCCAUGGCGACCAGGCGGAGCGCGCUUAAGACUCCCGGGUUGUAGGGUUUUGGGCUGCGGGGAGUAUGGGUUUGAAGAACGCGUAAUCGAAGCGCCAGGUUAUGUUGGUGGGAGGAUGCGGGAAGUGAAAACAUGGGCGCGUUAAAUAGGAGCACCAGGUUUCGUUAGCAAUCUGUGCGGAUCCAUAACCUGGGGACGUUUCAUAGGAGCGCCAAGUUUUGUUGGUGGGGAUCAGCGGGGCAUCCAGAACCUGAGAACGCUUGAUUGGAGAGCCAAAUUUGGUUGGUGGAAGUCCAUUGUGGGGCACCUUAACGGUUGGAAGCGGAGGUGGCUGGUGGGUAGGCGCAUAUAAGUGCGCAAUACGAGGCGGUAUGUGAGGGAGCCCUUUCGAAUCAACAACAUAUGUGAAGCACUGAUUGGGGGUGUGGCUAUUUGGGUCACGGGUGAUGUUGCACUCUGUUCGUCCUACUUAAUUUUGAAUACCAAGGCCUAUGGUGGACCAGCUUCGUUCAUACUUGGAGUCUGGGCCACAUAUUAAUCACAACAGUCUAAGUCAGGCUACACAUGUUUCUCGUGUAAAGUUGGCACAUCAAUCAAGGGACGAGCAUUUCUUACGGAGCCAAAGUAGCGGUAGACUAUGGGCAAAGCAAACGCUAGUAGAUAGGAUGGAGGGCGUGGCUAUCUAUCCAUCGUAUGGAAGCUGAAACUAUAAUUUGAUUCGUAUUGCAUGAUCUUAACGUAGUGAAAUAUACUAACUAAAUCAGGUCCUAAGACGGUUAAUAUCUUACCUCGCCUCAGAAUUGCAGCGAUGCUAAGCCUUGGGCUAUAUAAGACUCCAUGAAGGAACUCUCUGCUUGCAACAAAAGUCAAAAGUUCUCUAUUGCUACUCGCGGGAUCCGCUGGCUCUUUUGGGAUUCCUCGG